AUGCAGCAGUACAAUCAAGAAGGCAUGUACCCAAUGAAGCAGCCUUACAACUUUCCUCCAAGCGCACCUCAUCCGGUUCAGCAAAAUAGUGUGAUUCAAGCAAUGCUUCAGCAGAUUGUGGAUGAUCAAAAAGAGAUCACUAAUGAAUUGGAUGAGAGGAUGGAAAGCUUGUUCAACAGUUUCAUUGACAAGAACGAGUCUCUUGCUUGUCAAAUCAAGAAGAUUCACACCCAUGUUGAUCAAACCUAUGAAGAUUUGAAAAGACAAGAGAUGGAGGAAACAAAAGCUUUUUGUGAAUUCAUCUCUAGAAGGGAAGCUGAGUUCGUGCCAACCCAUAAACCACCCCAGACUGCUGUUAACUUGGCUACAAGACCAGAGCAAGAGCAUUACUCUUUGGACUCAACAAGAGGUUACAAGCCGAAGCCACUAGAGAAGAUCUCUAACCCGGAGAAGCUUGAUGUACCUUGCAUCAUUAAUGGAGUUUUGUUCAAAGAUUCCAUAUGUGAUACAAGAUCUCACAUCAACAUCAUGAACAAAGGAAUAGCCAAGAAGAUUGGGAUUGAAGUCAGGGAUCCCUCCAAGAUACCAAUGCGAUUUAAAGAUGAUCCUUAUACUCUCUUCCAUGGUUUCAUCUCGGAUCUUACACUAUCCAUAGGAGAUCACGUCUUUAAGGCAGAUUUCCACAUAUUAGGAGAUGAAACACGACCGUGA